AUGGCGCUGAAAUUCCACCAGCAGAUCAUCUCAGACCUUCUCGAGGACUCCAAUGGAGGACUCGUCAUCCUCUCCUCCGGCCUCUCCCUCCCCAAGCUCAUCGCUUCUCUCCUCCUCCUCCACUCUCCGUCGCAGGGCACUGUCCUCCUCCUCUCCCCCUCCGCUCACUCCCUCAAGUCCAGGAUCCUCCACUACCUGUCCUCCGCUUCCACCGAUUCCGUCGACGGAGAUCCAUCUCUUCCGUCGGAGAUCACGGCGGAUCUCCCGGCGCACCACCGCCACUCCCUCUACUCCUCGGGCCGCCCUUUCUUCAUCACGCCGCGGAUCCUCAUCGUUGAUCUCCUGAUGCAGCGGCUUCCGGCGUCCCUGCUCGCCGGAAUCAUCAUCCUCAACGCUCAUUCUCUUGCCGAGACCUCCACUGAGGCCUUCAUAGUUCGAAUCGUCAAAACCCUAAAUCGCUCCGCGUAUGUCCGCGCCUUCUCCGACAGGCCCCAAGCCAUGGUCGCCGGAUUCGCCAAGACCGAGCGAACAAUGCGCGCUCUUUUCCUCCGCCGUCUUCACCUAUGGCCCAGGUUUCAGUUGGAUGUGUCUCAGGAGUUGGAUCGAGAACCGCCUGAGGUUGUUGAUAUAAGGGUUCCCAUGUCGAAGUAUAUGGUCGGAAUUCAGAAAGCGAUCGUUGAAGUCAUGGACGCCUGCUUGAAGGAGAUGAGAAAGACUAACAAGGUUGAUGUGGAGGAUUUGACAGUGGAGAAUGGGCUCUUCAAGUCAUUUGAUGAGAUCGUGAGGAGACAGCUCGACCCCAUUUGGCACACACUGGGGAAAAGGACCAAACAGCUAGUGUCGGAUCUGAAGACACUAAGGAAAUUGCUGGAUUAUCUUAUUAGGUAUGAUGCUGUGAGCUAUCUGAAGUAUUUGGAUACACUCAGAGUGUCAGAAAGCUUUCGAUCUGUUUGGUUAUUUGCUGAGGCCAGCUAUAAAAUUUUCGAUUAUGCAAAAAAACGCGUUUAUCGUCUCAGUAUGGCAAAUGAUGUCAAAUCAGAUGAGCAGGUUAAGAAUGUAACAGGGAAAAAGAGGAAGUCGAAGGGAGGGGGAAAUAGCAAAGAAGCGGUUGAUGGGACGGCGAAAAGUAAUACCUCUGGCGGUGUUCUUCUUGAAGAAAUCCUGGAAGAGGCACCAAAGUGGAAAGUCUUACGUGAGGUUCUAGAAGAGGCACAAGAAGAAAGACAAAAGCAGACUCUGUCCGGAGAAGACAACAGUGACGACAAAGACAACAAUGGCAUUGUUCUUGUAGCGUGCAAGGAUGAACGCUCAUGCAUGCAGCUUGAAGAUUGCAUCACUAACACUCCUCAAAAGGUAAUGCGGGAAGAAUGGGAGAAAUAUUUGUUAAGCAAAAUUGAGCUGCGGACUGUGCAGACACCGCAAAAACAGAAGAAGAAACAGAAGGUUCCAAAGGGUUUCGGGAUUCUAGACGGAGUCGUCCCUGUAACGACUAUGCAGAAUACAGAGCCUAGCAGUGUUUGUAGACAAGAAGAUGAGGUUUUGAAGGCUGCUGCCGCUAAGAUAAAAAACCUAGGAAAGACAAAAGACUUGGCUUUAGGAGAUAACAAGGCAGAGAUUCAAAUCGAUAAGACUGGCCAUCAAACCAAAGGAAAGGAUAAAAUAAAGAACAAAAAGGGCUCAUCAAGAUCCAGAAGAGGUAGUAGCAAUGGAAAAAACGCAAUGGAGGAUGAAGCUGAAAGGUUAUCAGGUUCAGAGACUGAAGACAAAGCUAGUGAACCUAACACAUCGCGUGCUCCAGAAGUGGACGCUAUUCACUCUAGCAACCCUAAGCAGAUACCUCCAGUGUGUUUUUAUGCCUUAGAAAGUGAUCAGCCUAUUCUCGAAACCCUGAAGCCAUCUGUGAUUAUUGUUUACCAUCCCGACAUGUCUUUUGUCAGAGAAAUCGAGGUUUACAAAUCUGAAAACCCUCGGAAACAGGUGAAAGUUUAUUUCCUUUUUUACGACGAGUCUAUGGAGGUGCAGAAGUUCGAGGCGAGCAUUCGCAGGGAGAACAGCGCAUUUGAGUCGUUGAUAAGGCAGAAGUCUAUGAUGAUGAUUCCGGUCGAUCAGGAUGGGGUUUGCAUGGGUUUAAGUUCAUCCACAGAUCUCCCAGCUUCUAGUUCCCAAAACUCACUAACCCGAAAAGCGGGCGGAAGAAAGGAAACUGAGAAAGAAACACAGGUCAUAGUUGACAUGAGGGAGUUCAUGAGCAGCUUACCUAACGUUCUUCACCAAAAGGGCAUGCGGAUAAUACCCAUCACACUAGAGGUUGGAGACUAUAUUCUCUCGCCGUCGAUAUGUGUGGAGAGAAAGAGCAUUCAGGAUCUUUUCAUGAGCUUCACUUCGGGCCGUUUAUUCCACCAAGUUGAAAUGAUGGCUCGAUAUUACAGAAUACCUGUUCUUCUCAUCGAGUUCUCCCAAGACAAGAGUUUCUCCUUUCAGUCUGCAAGUGAUAUAUCGGACGAUGUCACACCGAACAGCAUAAUAUCGAAGCUGUCUCUGCUGGUACUGCAUUUCCCACGGUUACGGAUUAUAUGGUCCCGAAGUCUACAUGCAACAGCCGAAAUCUUCACGGCCUUAAAGGCCAAUCAGGACGAACCAGACGAGGCCAAAGCCACAAGGGUCGGUGUCCCCUCAGAAGAGGGCUUCAUAGAAAACGACGUUAGGGCCGAGAACUACAAUACGUCGGCGGUGGAGAUGUUGCGUCGGCUUCCGGGGGUAACGGAUGCGAAUUACAGGGCAAUAACGGAGGGAUGCAAGAACAUGGCCGAGCUCGUGACGCUGCCAGUAGAAAGAUUAGAGGAGCUGAUGGGUGGUCAUAAGGCUGCUCGGACCCUCCGAGAGUUUCUGGACGCCAAGUACCCAACUCUCCUUUAGUUUCUCUUCUAUUUUAUCCAACAUUGUCUUAUUACACUAUUCAUCACCUUGUCUUGUCCAUCAUUUUCAUUGAUCUUUUUAGGAGUUAAUUUUUCUUUUUUUUAAAAAAAAAACUGAUGUAUUUCGUCGAUUUGAUUGUUACUGUUGUAUCCUUGGCUAAAGUCUGAUACUGGAACCCGUGAAAAUUCCAAAAAUUUCGUUAA